AUGUGCCCGCAGGCGGCCGCGGGCAGGGCCAGGGGCAGGGCCGCCCCCCGGGCGUGCGGGGUGCACAACGUCUGCCGCCUCCUCAUCCGCAGGGSCCAGGGCUUCUAUGCCAGAGAUGCUGGUGUCGCCCACAGGAAAAACCUGGGACUCCUCAGAAAGAUAAUGUGCCAGGAAAGUACUAAGUUCAAGAAUGUUUGGACAACUCAUUCUGCAUCUCCUAUUGCRUAUGAAAGAGGAAGAAUUUACAUGGACAAUUACCAAUGCUGCAUUAGCAGUAUUGCACAAGAGCCAAGAAUACUUUAUCAAAAGUCAAAGUGUGGCAAGUCUGAAAAAAUAGAAGAUGCUUUACUAUUGGAAUGUCCACUGGGAGAAAUGCUACCAAAUCCAUCGGAUUAUAAAGCUUCCCUGAUAGUCUUGACAGUGCAGAACUGGCUUCUACGUCUCUCUGCUGAUAGUGGAGAAGUACUGGAAAAAGUAUAUCUUGCUGGUUCCUGUUGCAAAUUCUUCAGGUACCUGAGCUGGGAUACUCCUCAAGAGGUAAUGAUUGUAAAGUCAGCUCAGAAUAAGCUCCCUGCAGCAGCACGGCAGGCAGGAAUCCAACAGACUGUAUUGUUUUAUCUCGCUGUAUUCCAAGUUUUGCCUCUUUCAUUCAUUGGAAUGCUGGAAAUAAAUAAAAAGAUUUUUGGUAAUAGUGUGACAGAUGUUGCAGUUUCUAAUGGAAUCCUGAUUGUGAUGUAUAGCAUGGGUCUYGUCAGACUCUACAACUUCAAGGCCAUUUUAGAACAGUUCAUGGAACAACCAUUUCAUUUGGGACAAGAAUUCAACUGGAAUGGUCAGGUGGGAGUUGUAGGAAAGUAUCCAUUUGGUCUUCCAUGUAACAUUAAAAUCACAGAUACCCCACCUUUGCUAUUUGAAGCAUCUUCUCUGGAGAAUGCAUUUCAAAUUGGAGGUUACCCUUGGCAUUAUAUCAUCACACCUAACAAGAAAAAACAUAAAGGAGUCUUCCAUAUUUGUUCUCUGAAAAACAAUGCUUUGGCAAAAAAUGGCAUACAGGAUAUGAAAUGCUGUUCACUUGAACCUGACUGGAUAUAUUUCCAUCCAGAUAUGUCAGGCAGAAUAAUCCACGUGGGACCGAAUUUGAUUAAAGUCUUAAAGCUUAAGGAAGUUAAAAAUCAUGCAGAUCAAAUGGAGAUUGCAGAAGAUUUUACGAUAGUAGCCAACAGAGAAAACUGUGUGAACAACAGUGUUACUGUAACAGCWUCUGGUCGAGUGGUGAAAAAGCGUUUUACCUUGCUGGACGAUGACCCGGAACAAGAGACAUUCAAAAUUGUGGACUAUGAAGAUGAAUUGGAUUUAUUAUCAACUGUGGCAGUUACUCAGAUAGGAGCUGAUGGAAGAGCUCACCUUGACUUUCAUUGUAAUGAUCAUGGGAUACUACUUAAGAGUAUUCCAUUAAAGGAGUCCUGGGAUGUGACUUACAGUCAUGAAGUUUACUUUGACAAGGACCUCGUAUUACAUAUAGAACAGAAGCCUAACAGGAGAUUCAGUUGCCAUGUUUACCARAUGGUCUGUGAUACUGCAAAAGAUGAUGAUUGUUAAUGCUAUGAAAAAAAAAAAAAAACAGGAAGUGUUUUGUAAAAAAAGGAGGGAGAAUUUUUGUAUAUAUUUAAGCCAUAAACACCAGCUACAGCAACUUCCAUUUGGAUGCUAUUUAAGGACUCCAUAUAUAUGAAGUAGUCAAAUACUGUUUUUCUGGCUGGAUUUAAUCUCAACAUUUUAAACUGCUACAUGAGGUCUUGUUUCUUUUUUUCCUUUGUGACACUGUACACAUGCCUGUAGUUCAUUAUGGCUUUUCAUGUAUUCACCAGUUCAUCAUUAAUGCUAGAUGCAUUUGUUACUUCUCUAGGCAAUAGGAUUGAAAUACUGGACAUUAAGGAGAAAAAUGUGGACUUACUCAUUAUCUACCAUCUGCUAUGAAUUGUCUUACACAGUUUUACCUAUGCAACUCUAAUAAAAAUGGUUAAUYAAUGAAAGUAUGUAAAACUAUCUAGGAUAAAUUUUGUAUUUAGUAUAAAAAUUKUAGUGUUACCAUUAAACCACUUAGACAGAAUCUUUCUCUUGGUUUGGUGUGAGAAAUAAAAUGACUCAGGUUUUCUGGUAGUGUAUGUUUCAGUUUAAAGGAAAUGUUAAUAAUUUAUGUAUUUUACUGUCUUUUUAAUGUAUUUUUUAAUAUGUUUUCACAGAUAUAGRUAUAUAAAAGUAAGUAAUUCUCUGCUUGUCCCUGUGUUAAGGGUCAGGAGUUGUUCAAUCUGAGCCAAAGCUCCCAGCUGUUCACCCUUAUUACUGAGUGCAGCCUAUCUGAUACUGKGGAGUGCUGUGGGGUAUAUUCAGAAUCUACAGAAUGAAAGCUUUCAUUUUAAAAUAAAAAACACCCACAACAACAAAAUGCAGGCUGUAGACUUCAUGGUGAUAAAGUUUCCAAAUGCAAGCCAAAGAUGGGCUCAGAAGAAUAGCUCAUCAAAAUGACUCAGUACCACCACUGUCAUCAUGAGCAUGGUAAUGCUAA